AUGUCGGGCCGACGACUUCCGCCGCUGAGCUUGACAUCUGUGAGCUCGCAGGACUCUCAAAAUCCACCAAGGCCACCAAUUCACCAGCAGACCACACCAAAUUGUGAGUUUUUCUUGGGGAAUUUUGGAAUUUUUGCCACGUGGCAGCAAAAAUUUGCGAUUUUUUGACACCAAACAUGAUGAAAUUUAUUCAAAUGUGAAUUUUUUCGCGCCAAAAUUUUUUGAUCUACCUCAAAAAAAAUUUUCAGCCGAGCAAAUCCGUCAAAUUUUGGAGCAACGUAUAAAUCAGGCGAUGACGGGACCACACAAAGAAAUGCUGAAUGGCAGAAGGAGAUCACGUAAGUCUGAUUUUUUGGUGGAUUUUUGGGGAGAUUGUGAGAUUCCCCAUGAAAUUCUGAGCAUUUUGAGACCUAACAUGAGCAAUUUUGAAGAAUUUCAAAAUUUGGAGCAUUUUUAGAUGCUCCGCGAGCCUGAAAAUCUGAAAAUGCUCCAAAGAUCAUCGUGUUUGGUUUCGAAAUGCUCCAAAUCACCUGCUCGAUUCAAAUUCCACGUGGCAUUUGGAGCAUUUUAAGAUCAAACACCGUGAUUUUUGGGUGAAAAAUUUUUUUUUUCUGGAUUUUGAUGGUCCCUUUGGAGAGCCACGUGGAUUUAUGGGGGAUAAUUUUGAGCUCUUGAGAUUCCUUAUAAAAUUCUGAGCAUUUUGAGACCAAACAUGAGCAAUUUUGAAGAAUUUCAAAAUUUGGAGCAUUUUUAGGUGCUCCGCGAGCCCUGGAAAAUCUGAAAAUGCUCCAAAGAUCAUCGUGUUUGGUGUCAAAAUGCUCCAAAUUUCAUAUAGAUCACAAAAAAUCCAAAAAUUUCUUGAAAAAAAUUAACAUUUUUUUCCAGUUUCAAAAUGUUCAAGGGGCGUGGCCUACUAUACUGUUUUCUUUUUCUUCAAAAAAAAAAUUGUACAAAAAAAAUCACAAAAGAACCAUGACAGAUCUUUCUUCUUCUUUUGUGUUUCGCCAAAAAAAAAUAAUUUUUUUCAAUAUUUUUUUUUCUGGCCAUGACUCAUGUUAGGUAUAAAAGGCGGCCCGCGGAACCGGAAAAUUGUAUUUAUUUCUAAAAAAAAUGUAAAAAAUCACGACUUUUUCUUUUCUUUGAAACUCUGAGAGAAAGUUACAAAGUAAUCAAAAAGUUGUGAUUUUUCCCAGGAAUUUUUGAAAUUGGUUUGUUUUUUUGUGAUCCACGUGGAAUUUGGAGCAUUUUGAGCCCAAACAUGACUAUUUUUGGAACAUUUUCAGAUUUUCCAGGGCUCGCGGAGCCCGAAAAAUGCUCAUUCUUCAAAAUUACUCAUGUUUGUGCUCAAAAUUCUCAGAAAACAAUGCUGAUUCUUAAUUUACUGAAUUUUUCAGACACCGCAGGUGAAGUUUUUUGAAUUUUUCCACAUUUUCAAGGCUCAAAUGUGUUUGCGAAAUGUCGAGCAGGUGAUUUGGAGCAUUUUGAGCCCAAACACGAUGAUUUUUGGAGGAUUUUCAGAUUUUUCAGGGCUCGCGGAGCACAAAAAAUGCUCCAAAAUCUGAAAAUUCUUCAAAAUUACUCAUGUUUGUGCUCAAAAUUCUCAGAAUUUCACGAGGAAUCUCAAAAGCUCAAAAUUAUCCCCCAUUAAUCCACAUGGCUCUCCAAAGGGACCAUCAAAAUCCAGAAAAAAAUAAUUUUUACCCAAAAAUAGCGGUGUUUGAGUUCAAAAUGCUCCAAAUGCCACGUGGAAUUCGAAAAUUUUCAGUGAUUCGAUCAUCUGCAAUUGGUUCAGAAGAUAUGCGAUUAGUUCCGAUUGAUCAGGAAGAGCUGAGUAUGCUUAGAAGUAUCAAUAAAUCACAGUAAGCCACGCCCCUUGUUUUUCAAAAAAAAAUCUGAAAUUUUCAGAAAUUCCACGUCACAAGAAUUGCCUGCAGAUUUGGCCAAACAUGAAUAUGAGGAUAAAUCGGAAGAUGAAGCUGAGGAGGGCGAGAGCUCGGCAAAAACCCGACGAAAAAUGAGCAUGGUCCGACAGGAAGAGCUCGAGGAAAAGUUGGAUGAGCUCGGAGCCAUCAGGAAAACUAGCGCGAUUCGGAAUUUGUGAGUUUGAUUUUUGAAUUCUGGGGGAGAUUUGGAGCAUUUUGACACCAAACAUGACUAUUUUCUGAGCUUGGAGCAUUUUGGUGCUCCGUGAGCCGCGAAAAACUCAAAGUGCUUCAAACAUAUUCAUGUUGGGUCUCAAUUUUCUCAGAAUCACCAGCUGAAAACGUUCUGACUAAUCUAACCACCUGAAAAUCUCAAAUUCACCUGCUCUUUGAAUUUUUGAGCGAAAAAAGUUUUCGAAAUUUUCAGAUCAAGAUUGCUGAGAGAUUUGGGAUUGAAUAAAUUGCAGGGUUGGGCUGCGCGUGGUUUUCUGAGAAUUUUGAGCCCCAUAAUUAUGCAUUUUGGAGCAAUCUGAGUUUUUGUGCUCUGCAGGGCUCGCGGAGCACAAAAACUAAAAGUGCUCGGAAAAUAGUCAUGUUUGAGCUUAAAACUUUCAGAAAGGGGUGCUGAAAACAGUGCGAGAUACCUGGGAACCUGAACUACUGUGAUUCUCAAGAUUUGAGAGCUCCGGGGCUCCAAAAAUACCCAUGUUUACACUUAAAAUGCUCCAAAUUUCCAGAGAAGAUCGGCUCUCCGGUUACCGCCACGAAAAAAUGCGAUCCUCCACCAAAUCCGGCGAUUUUUUCGAUGACGAACAAAUUACUGGCUUGGUUUAUGAUAUGGAUUUUGAUUGUUAUUACAAUCCUCAAACUGACACGUAUUAUCGAUUGAAAUCGAUGUCGAAAAAUUCGGAAGAGGAAAAAUUGCAGCAAAAAAUCAACGAGUUGACGAACGGUGUCAAGGAAAUUCUAUAA